GCUUAUCCAAAACAAGAGCGAGCAAUAAAUACAGUAGGCAACGAACGGUGCCAUAUCAAAAUGGCUCUCUCUCUCCUCUCUGCAUCUCUUCUCUCUCCUCCAUCGUCUCUUCUCUCUCUUCCUUCUUCUUUUCUCUCUUCAUCACGUGCAGUUCCCUUCACAUUCUUAUCAGCCUCUAGGUUUCAAGGAAGAGAACCCAAUUUGCAAUUCCAAGUUGUUAAUGGAGUUGGCAUCUCUAGACCUUUUAGGAGUCUGGAAGUUCGGGCCUCUUCGGGGUUAGAUGGGGAAGUUUCUGAGGGUGAUAAUGAGCCUGAGAAGAGCUCAGAAGAGAGUGUAUCAGUGGAGAAUUUGCCAUUGGAGUCUAAGUUACAGGAGAAACUUGCAGCUAAAUUGAGAAUGAAAUUGGCCAAGAAGAUAAGACUGAGGAGGAAAAGGCUUCUUCGAAAACGAAGGUUGAGAAAGAAGGGGCGAUGGCCUCCGUCAAAGAUGAAGAAGCUAAAGAAUGAUAAGAGUGAGGACUAAAAUGACUGGUCAUGGAGGUCGUGGCUGUGAAAAUGCCAAGUUAUAUUGAGGCUCGACAACUUGCUAGAGAUGGUUGAAAAGUAUGUUGCAUAAACAAAGAUGGCAAUAAUGUACAUCAAAUAGGAUGAGAUCUAUAGUGUUAAAUCGAUAUUGUGCGAGUUUUUGUGGAGAUUGACGUAAAUUGGAGCACGAGUCUGAGUGGGAACAACCCGAUGUUAUGCUCGGUUACUAUUAUGGGUUUGAGGCAUGAUGGCAUUGACGAGAGCAUGAAUGCCAGAAAGAGUUGGGUAGUUGACUACCCAGAGCCGAUGUAAUUAGCAUCGGGGAGUAGACUGAGGUAAUUGUACAGAUGAGCAGAGAAUGAAUUUUACAACAUACAUAUCCAAGCAUGAUCAUCCCAGGCAUGGAGACCGACUCUUCCAACUUGCGGAGUUGCUAUUCCUACAAUAAAUCUGCGACACGAGUAUCACAGAAGUAUAUUGACAAAGGUAUGUGAUUUCUUGACUAAAGAAAAUCCUAGAUUUGUCAUUGGAGAGGUUGAUGGCAUUGAUAGAUACAAAAUGCUCUAUCCAAUGAGAAAAAGGUAGAUGUAUUUGUAGACCAACCUACUAAAAAAGUAGACAUAAUUGGGGAUAUGUCUAACAUUUGUAUUAAUGAAAGUAUGGAUAAUUCUAAAUCUAAUCAUGAACAAAUUCCGAGUUCUUUAUGGGCUAAGGUUGCUCAUUCGUAAGUAGCCAUUCCCACAUCCCGCCUUGGAAGAGAUGCUUUCAAGUCAAGAAAAUUGCAAAAUUUACGGAAGAUUUGUUGUUUCGGAAGUUCCAUCCGUCCCACGAGUGAUCCAUAGAAGUGUGUUGCAAUGGUCGAAAGGAGUAGCGUAUUCCAAGAUUGAAUUGCCCCUACUAUCAUUCCAAAGACCUUAAUGAUUGGAAAACUUCGUUGAUGUGUUGGAUCAACCUAAUGGCAUUUCAAAACCCUUCGUGCUCGGGUGGGACCAUGUUCAUGGUAGAUCGAACAUUGACAUGACACUCAUAGUACUGCGUCUUUCGAAUAACGACACCAUUAGCGUUGUCUGGGAGGCCCUUUUCCAGGUCAACACGCAGAUCCUUGCAUAGUUUUUAUUCCAUUGCCUAUCCUGUGGUGGCUCAUGAAGUAGACAACGAGAACAUUGUGUCAAGCAAAAGGAAAUUUUAACUUUUAACUUCAUUUAUAUUGAAGACGAUAUUGUAUUUGCAAGUGACUCACUCCUAGUGAGCAAGGAAGAGCAACCCAUAACUAUGGUCAAAAGGGAUUUUGGAUUGGAUGCGAAAACAAAGGCAACAGUUUCUGAUCAGAGCAAAGUGUUGAUUGUCAGAUAUGAACUAUCUUUAUUGUUGUUGAGUGAGGACGUCCCCCACCCUAGUCUUGCAAAGAGGAGGGUGUGAGUCAAUUCUCAAUCUGAUAACCCAUAGAGGAAAGUAAUGUUGAUGAUAGUGGUAGUAAGAGUGAUGUUUUUCUCAAUGAUUGUGAGUAUGACCCUUUAUGCAGUAUAAUGAAAGAAAGUUGACCCCAAAUAGUUGGAAUAAAGCUUGGAUGAUGAUGAUGAUUUAUUUUUACAAAUGACAUUCAGGGAUGUGGGUUGACUUUUUUUUAUCUUUUAUUGGGGUUAAUUUUUAGGAAUUAAACAUGAAGGGGUUAAAAAGGAGUUUAAUUAAUUUGUUGGGUAGUUGGGAGGCUUCCUAUUUUAGGACUAACAUUUUUUUUCUUUUCCUUUUUAUUUUAUUUUAUAAGAUUUUGUUAGUUAGCUAGUUGGAAUAGCCACAUGUGAGGGUGCAAGAUUACAGGAAAGAAAGAAGAGGAUAAGGAAGGAGUGCAUGAGGGAAUGAAUGGAGUCCUAGUUACAUGGAAAAGAAGGGGCAUGUGUUAUUAAGUGGUUAGAGAGAGGGAGAGAUUAAUGUGGGAUAGGGAGAGAGGGAGAGGGUGCAUGUGAUUAUUUUUUGGGGGGGUUCUAAUAAAGGACUUUGGUAUUUUUUUGUGUGAGAAUUUUUUUAUGAAAGAAGAAAAGUGUGUUUCCUUCAUCCUUGGGUUGAUUUUCAACUAUCGUUAUCUUUCUCCAUAGUUGCAGAGUUUACGUGUUUCAUGAUUGAAAGAAGACUGGAUUUAAGUUCCUGAGUUUUUUUUACAUCAUGGUGAUUGAUUUUCAAAGAAAGCACAAGUCUUUCUCGCUGUUUAACUCACAGAAUUAGCAAUAACUAUGAAUCUCUUUCAAUAAUCUAAAACUCCCCUAAUUAUUCAUGAGGAAAAUUAUACCAUACACACCUAAUGUAUGACAGAGAACACUAAAAAGGCGCAACCUCAAAAUGGUACAGUGAUAAGUGAAGAAGCGUAUGUAUGGAGUGAAUGUCAUUCAUUAGAACUAUUAGUCAUCCCACCACUGGCCUUGAGAAUGGAUAGAGUUGUGAAUAGUAUAGUUCCUAGGCUUGUUUCGAUGUACUUGCU